AUGUUAGUGCUUUUCAAAGAAUUAAUCCUUUUACCAUUAAAAAUAAGAGAUGGGAGAGACUCCCAUUAUAUCUUUAAAAUCGAUGUUGGGACUGAUGUUUGUGAAGUAUAUAUAGAUCUUGCAGAGGAGACGUUUGCAUCUCUGGGCUUAAUUGCAUAUUCAAACUUUAAAGAAUCGCCCGAUCCUUAUUUAGGGUUCACCGAUCCAGUGAUGAUGGUUGUUGAGACAUUUUCAAAGGAUAACUUAUUAUUUUCAUGUUGUUGUGCCAAAGUUGAUCGUACCUGGUCUGGUGUAUGUGAUUGUCAUCGUGGCAAUUACAAUUGUGAUAUUGACUGUUUACAAGAGAGUGUUGAUAAAGAAUCGGAUGAAUCAUUAUAUUACAAAGUUGUUUUGAAUCUUUUUGAUAAUAUGGCUUCUGAAUUUCAAGAUUCAAAAGUAUGGUUAAUUGGCCAUUCUCUUGGUGGAUCCUUGGCCUCAUUACUAGGAUUAACUCAUGGCUUGCCAGUGGUUGCAUAUGAGGCACCUGGGGAAAGACGAGCUGCAAAAAAAUUACAUUUACCGGGACCUCCAGCUGUACCAUAUGAACUAUUACCUAUUUGGCAUAUUGGUCAAACUGCUGAUCCUAUUUACAUGGGUCUUUGUAAUGGGAUUACAAGUUGGUGCUAUCUUGGUGGAUAUGCAAUGGAAACAAAAUGUCAUGUUGGAAAAGCAUGUGUAUUUGAUGUAGUUGAGAAAUUAAAAUGGGGUGUAAGUUUAAAAACACACAGCAUCAAAGAAGUGAUUGAAAAAAUUUUAACUCUUUGGAAUGUGACUUAUAACUUUGCAUUGCCAGAAUGUAAACAUGAACAUGAAUGUGAAGAUUGUGGACUUUGGAAUUAUAGUUAA